AAGUGCCUUAGGGUCUCAAGGUCAUGGCGCCAAUUUCAGUACCUAAUGCUCAAAGGGUUUUAGAGAAGACGUGACAAUUAAGCGGCUACAACUAAGAAGUUUCUUUAUUUGUAAAUGAGUAAGUCACCUGACGUAAACGAGGAACUGAGUAAAUUCUUUACGAAACUGUACAAAGCGGAUGAGAAUGCAGUUCUAACUGGUAAAGAUUACAAACUCAAUUUACAAGAACAAUUAGAUACGCUCGAUUCGUUUGUAGACUUAUCACCUGAUCCAUUGUUUGAAUUUGUUGAUGAAGAUAUAUUCAAGAACAGACCUACAUUCGCAAAGUUCAUUGCAUUACUGGAUAAUUACAAUCCUCAAGUUGGUGUCACUGAAAUUGUCACAGUGGAACAAAAUAGAGAGGAAGAUGACUUUAUCAAUGAAUUAUUAAAAACGAAAGUCAUGAAAAUGACUUAUGAUUUCCUAGUUAAAAAACAAAAGAUAUCAGGAAAAAUGGGUGAUUUCGGGAGAUUCUUGAAGGAUUUAUGGUUCAAGAGAUAUAAACGUAGAAGAACUGGAGAUUCAUCAGCUUUUGAGCAUAUAUUCGUUGGUGAACAUAAGAAAUUCAUAAUGCUUGGAUUACACAAUUGGAUACAAUUUUAUCUGAAAGAAAAGAAGAAUGACAUAAAUUAUUAUGGAUGGAAGAAGAGUUCUUGUCAUGAACAAUUAAUCAGUAUAGAAUAUAUUGAUGAAAAUAAAUAUAACAAACCAUUAGGCUCAGUAUUUAUUGGAUCAUCACCGGAAUUCGACAUUGCUAUUUAUACAGUCACCUUUUUAUUAAGUGAACGAUUUUCAACGAAAGUACAAAUUGCUGGAUGUAAAUUAAAGAUAAUUUGUGCAAGAUUAUCACCUACUGAAUUAAGUACAUGUUAUAUGACAUAA